AUGGAUGCGGCUCCAAAAUUGGAGAACCUGAGGAAAAUCCCCUCUGCGCGUCUCCCUCCCCCAGUCCUCUUUCAAGGUCCACCCACUUCCCAUAAUGGAUCUAACAUCUCUCUCACACCUGCGAUGCCUCCUGUUUCUCCGGGUGGAGGGGUUCAGCGUCCUGAGCUGCAGCGGAAUCGUUCCUCUCGCCAUCACGGUGGCCUCGAGACUCCAGGUUCUCUUUCGCCCUUUCUAUCGCGUACACAAUCAAAAGGAGAAAUAGAUCGCUCGGACGCCAUUUGGCAAGAAAUGCAAAAUGCUUUGUCAGAGGUCGAGCUGAGCGCGGUAGCUAGCGAACACGUUUUUGGCGAGAAGCACUCUGAGGCCCUUGAAGACCUGCGCACGAAACAGCUGAAGCUUGCGCAAGCCUGGGCUCGUAGUGAGGCUGAUGAGGUAGUUGAUCCCAAGAAUGCAGCUAGCAAGAGUCAGUCGAGACCAAGGGUAUCCUCUCGAGGCACAAGUCCUACCGGAGAGCCAACCGCACCGGAUGAUGCCUCCCAGAGGAACCUAGAUGAGGAAACCGAAAAGGACAUUCUUCUGGCGCGCGAGAGGCGUGAAGCGAAUGACCGCUAUUUUGACCGGGUCAACAACGGUGUAUUGGAUGUGGUAGCUAAGCUUGAGGAGGUUGCUCAAGCUAUGCGCGCCGUGGAGAGGGAGAGCAGAGACAUAUGGAGUGAUAAUGAAAGCAUAACCACAGAGACCGCAUCCACGGCUAACACCGGAUGA